GAUAAACUUAUAAUAUGCGCUAUUGUAGUCGAAUGCGAUGCUAAAAAGCAUCAUAAACUCAGCAACUACUCGGCGCAGGAACGCCAACUGGAGCAUAUCCAAGUUCACGUGUGCCUAUAUCAAUCCGACGACGACGAUAAGUCGUGCUUUGGUAAUGCUUAGUGCCGCCGCGGAGAUCCAGAAAAUUUGUCAACCGUUUCGCGCAGAGAAGCAAAAAAAAAGCUUGAGAUAAUCGCGGAAAAUGCGUCGCUCUGCACACGGUUCAUUGCGUUUGGUCCCCCUUUGGGGGUUGGAUGAGUAGCAUUUCCGAGCGCGGUUUCGGAAGAUCAAGGUUAGUUCGAGUAUGAGCGUUGCGAGGAUCGGUUGGGUUAUUCUUGUGCCCCGCGAAAAUGGUCGAGAAGCAGUACCUGUUGAUCGUGGUGUUUUGUGUGGUGCUGAACAAAAAUGUAGCUCUAAAUGCGAUCUAUGUGAACAAUCAGAAAAUUGACAAGCUUGAGCUGGAUCGGAUAAAGUUGCUGAAUCCGUCGGAACCGAACGUUUACGUGACUAAAGAUAGUCUCCUGACCAAGGAGAACUUUACGUAUCCUCUCAAUUAUUACCAGUAUUUAUUGGGAGACAAUUUGACUCAAAGAGAGAUCUACUCAACUACAACUGAUCUACCGGAGAGCACGACCACCGACAUCCCCACGACCGCAGCGGUGAACUACGCCGACGAUCUAUCGUCGGUGGAAAAUACCCUGAACAACACGACCCCAAUCUACAAGGGAGAUUACCACGUUGAGAAGCGCCCUCUGACGUCCACCUCCCGUCCGGCGAUUCAUCUCAAAAAGCCCAAAACAAGACCACAUACUACGUCGUCACCACCGCCACCAAUGAAAAAUGAAACCAAACUCACCAAGGAAACGCUGGACUUGCUUCGGAAGUAUUUCACCAUUAACUGCACCCUUACCCCUAUUCAGGAAGCUUCAACGACUGCUCUGCCGCAAGUCACCAUACGGAAACCCAAAACCAAAACCAAAUCCAAACCAACCACCACAGCGUCCACAGCGGUCCCAUUGAAGGUGGUGAAGAGGCCUACCAAACCUCGGAAAACCAAGAAACACCGCCGUCCAGUGGAUUACGUAGAUCCCCCGGUGAUCGCGAAGAUCGGUAGCGUCCUGGAGAGUGUCUACAAUUACAUGCAGGACAGCUUGGUGAGUACCGAGUACGUCUCCGUAGAGGAGGAGGAGGACGAAGAAGAAUUCAGAGAAGCUCCAAACGAGAAGGUUGUCACGCAAUUUGAAAGGGGCAAAAAGAUGAAACGUAACUCGGUUGAUUCGUACGAAGGGGACUCGGUGACGACCCAGGCAUCGCAGCUCUAUCAGCCGGAAUCGAAGCAGGUCACCUUCACGAGGCUUCCGCUGGUUGGGGGAGUCUCGGAUAACAAGAAUAAACUGACGACGAACAUACAGGUGACGAGUGAGUACACGCCAGCAACGCCGGCUACGGUCCCGAUUUUUCCCCAAGUGCCCGGGUUUGGAGACAAGGAUAAGAGCAGUGAGGAGAGCGAGUCCGAGGAGGACGAUGAAGGGGAUUAUUAUGGGGGUUUCGCGAAUGCCAGCUAUGAAGAUGAUGAUGAGGAAAGUGGGGAAGAGGAGGAGGACGAGAGUGACGAGUACGGUGAAAGUGAGGAAGGGACCGGCAAUCAAGCUGAUCAUGUGGCGAAUGAUAAAGAGUAUGACUAUGAAGAGGAUGAUGAGGAUAGGGACAAUGUGUCCGGGAAGCCGACCAAGGUGAAGAAACGGAAGCCUCCCGAGAGUUUGGAAGAGUAUAGUGAGGAGGAAGGGGACGACUACGAUAGUGGCGAGAGCUCUGGAAACAACGGAGGUUUCUUCUCGGGGAUCAUGGCGUCCAUCGGACGCUUUGUGAGAUCUUUCGGGUUCGGUUCACGUCGCGUGGAGGAAUAUGAUGAUUCUGAAGAAGGUAGGAGUACCACACCGAGGAUAUUGGAGCUGAAGAAGCGUCCCACCAGGAGCGCUGAUAACGAGGCUCAAUCUCAGAUCGAAAGGGUUCAUGAAUCAACGGAAAAGCAGCAGCCCUGGUACCUUUAUCCAUCGUAUUUGUUCAAUGAAGUCAAUGAAGAGCCUGAAAUCCCGAUUCCCCCUAUUGAAACCAAUCCGAUUGCAGAAGAAAACUUCAGUGACGAUUGGUUCCAGUUCAUGAUGCCCUGGGAGUUCUUCAAUCCAUGGCCAGCUUGGGAGGAUUCUUCCACCCAAUCGCCCGUUGAGGUGACAACUGUCAUGACCACAACAACCACCUCGGAAGCUGGUUCUGGUUGGUUCCCACAAAUUUUCGGUGCUUCCGGAACCAACGAACCCCCGCCACUGAAUUCGGCCACACCUAAACCAAUCAUUCCAUUUUUGCCCGCCUCCGAUCCUCUACAAAAGCCAGAAACCUGGAUCAACGCCCUCGCCCAGCAUGUGUUCACGACCACAAGGGUCCCGAGGAGCACCACCCAGGACCCCUCGGCGAGUUAUAAGAUCAAUUACGGGGGUCACCAGCUGUGGCGUGUCUAUCCAAAAACCGACGCGGACAUACACUACCUGGAGGACUAUAGGCUAUCUCCGGAGGGACUCAAACUGCAGUGGUGGAAAGGACCCAAUCUGCGGGGCCCCAACGAUAUACUUGUUCCUCCCGGUAUGCUUCAAGCGAUCGGGGAGUAUCUCCAGGACGAGGGACUCGCGAAGGACGUUGUCAUCCGCAAUCUAGGCCAAGCGAUACUAUACGAGAACCCAAAGAUGACCCGGAGGGAGCAGAUCGAGAACGAGGUUCUGCACGGUCAUCCGCUGACCUGGUAUCGCUACCAUCGGUAUGGAGAUAUCGUGAAGUUUAUGAACCAUCUGGGGAGAAGGUAUCCGAAGAAUGUUGAAUUGAUACACGUGGGUAGGAGCUUCGAGGGACGUCCGCUUACGGUCGUGAGCGUGAGGUUCGAGGGAAAAGGUUCGCAGGUCAAACGUUCGAAGUUUGUGAAGGGAAAGAAGCGAUUGUUGGCGAAGAAAAAGAGGACGCAGCGGGGUGCUGUUUUCGUUGAAGCCGGAGCUCAUGGACGCGAGUGGAUCGGACCGAGCGUUGCCACGUGGAUGAUCGAUGCCUUGACCAAUGCAAUCACGAGCAAUGACACUGAAUGGGAGAAUAUGAAGUCUAUGGAUUGGUACAUUUUACCCGUUUUGAACCCGGAUGGGUAUGAAUACAGCCACGAGUACGAUCGGAUGUGGAGGAAGACUCGCUCGAAGCAUUUGGAAACCCAAAGCUCGGGAGUGCUCGCGUCAGCCCUAAACUGGUUUCAUGCCCAGAGUCCGCUCUCAGCAGACUCGGAUCGCGUCUGUUUCGGAACGGAUCUCGAUCGGAACUGGGAUCAUAUGUGGAAUGCAGAGGGGGCUUCCAGAUCGACCUGCAGCGAGUACUACUCCGGCAACAAGGCAUUCUCCGAGCCAGAAGCCAAAGCGCUGAGUAGAUUUCUGCUCAACGACCGACGCAAUAUACAGAUCUUCGUUUCGCUGCACUCAUACGGCCAGACUAUCAGCUAUCCAGAUGAGAAGCACUCGGAGAGUGAUGAACGGCACAGCGAGGUUCACGAGAUGGCAACGGUUGCGGUGGAAACCUUGCGUGGCUCCGGAAGUCACACAUCCUACCGUGUUGAGAGACAGAGCGAAGUGUCCGGGACUUCGGCGCAGUUUGCCCGAUAUGAGGCCGGUAUUAAGUACAGCUACUCUGUUGAGCUGCCCGAUACGGGAACCCAUGGGUUUCUACUGCCGCCCUCGGGGAUUGAAGCGACAGCGAGAGACACACUUGAGUUGAUUAAAGGGAUGGUAGACUAUAUUUAACGUUAGUUUUAGUGAAUGUAUACUUUAAAACAAGUAAGUCUUGA